AUGGGGGUCCGCUCGGCGGCCACGAAGCUGCACAUCCCGCCAGCCCACUCCGCCGCCCGGCGCUCCUUCUUCCUGCCGGUCGCCGCCGUCGCCCUCCUCUGCUCCGCCUCCUACCUCCUGGGCGCCUGGCACCACGGCGGCGGCUUCUCCCCUUCCUCCCCCUCCCGCUCCGUCACCAUUGCCACCGACAUCUCCUGCACCACCACCACCCUCACCCCCUCCACCACCACCACCACCACCGCUCAGUCCCUCGACUUCUCCGCGCACCACGCGGCGGCGGUCGACGCCGUGGCGUCCAGGGCCGCGUCCUCGGCGUCCUCGGCGCCGCGGAGGUACCCGGCGUGCCCGGCCGAGUACUCGGAGUACACGCCGUGCGAGGACGUGAAGCGGUCGCUGCGGUACCCGCGGGACCGGCUGGUGUACCGGGAGCGGCACUGCCCCUCGGGGCGCGAGCGGCUGCGGUGCCUGGUGCCGGCGCCGGCCGGGUACCGCAACCCGUUCCCGUGGCCGGCCAGCCGCGACGUCGCGUGGUUCGCCAACGUGCCGCACAAGGAGCUCACCGUGGAGAAGGCGGUGCAGAACUGGAUCCGCGUGGACGGGGACAAGCUCCGGUUCCCCGGCGGCGGGACCAUGUUCCCGCACGGCGCCGACGCCUACAUCGACGACAUUGGGAAGCUCAUCCCGCUCCACGACGGCUCCAUCCGCACCGCGCUCGACACCGGCUGCGGGGUGGCGAGCUGGGGCGCGUACCUGCUCUCCCGGGACAUCCUGGCCAUGUCCUUCGCGCCGCGGGACUCGCACGAGGCGCAGGUGCAGUUCGCGUUGGAGCGCGGCGUCCCCGCCAUGAUCGGCGUCCUCGCCUCCAACCGCCUCACCUACCCGGCCCGCGCCUUCGACAUGGCGCACUGCUCCCGCUGCCUCAUCCCCUGGCACCUCUACGAUGGAUUGUACCUGAUCGAGGUGGACCGUGUCCUGCGCCCCGGCGGGUACUGGAUCCUGUCCGGGCCGCCCAUCAACUGGAAGAAGUACUGGAAGGGGUGGGAGAGGAGCAAGGAGGACCUCAACGCCGAGCAGGAGGCGAUCGAGGCGGUCGCCCGGAGCCUUUGCUGGAAGAAGAUCAAGGAGGCCGGCGACAUCGCCGUCUGGCAGAAACCCGCCAACCACGCCGGCUGCAAGGCCUCCCGCAAGGCCGCCAAGUCGCCGCCCUUCUGCUCCAAGAAAAAUGCCGACGCAGCAUGGUACGACAAGAUGGAGGCCUGCGUGACGCCGCUACCGGAGGUCUCCGACGCGAGCGAGGUCGCCGGCGGCGCGGUGAAGAAGUGGCCGCAGAGGCUCACGGCCGUGCCGCCCAGGGUCUCCCGGGGCACGGUCAAGGGCGUGACGGCCAAGGCGUUCCUGCAGGACACGGAGCUGUGGAAGAAGCGGGUCCGCCACUACAAGGCGGUGAUCAACCAGUUCGAGCAGAAAGGACGGUACCGGAACGUGCUCGACAUGAACGCCCGCCUCGGCGGUUUCGCGGCGGCGCUGGCGAGUUACCCGCUGUGGGUCAUGAACAUGGUCCCGAACGUGGCCAACUCCAGCGCACUCGGGGUGGUCUACGAGCGCGGCCUCAUCGGAAGCUACCAGGACUGGUGCGAGGGCACGUCCACCUAUCCACGGACCUACGAUCUCAUCCACGCCGACUCGGUGUUCACUCUGUACAAGAGCAGAUGUGAGAUGGACACCAUUCUGCUGGAGAUGGACAGGGUCCUGAGGCCCGAGGGCACGGUGAUCAUCAGAGACGACGUGGACAUGCUGGUGAAGGUCAAGAGCGUCGCCGACGGGAUGAGGUGGGACAGCCAGAUCGUCGACCACGAAGACGGCCCGCUCGUCCGGGAGAAGAUCCUCCUGGUUGCCAAGACGUAUUGGACUGCCAAGAACCAAGACCAAUAG